AGUCUUCGAUUCAGUUUACGGUUUCUCAGUCUGACAUUUGUUUUGAGCGCGUGCGAAAGCGGGCAGCGGUUAAACGCCAACUGAAGCGGGCCAUUUCCAACACACAAUUCUACAAAAAAAAAAUAAAAUAAUAAUAAUCAAACUAAAUUAAGAAGAGGAAAAGCAAGAAGAAGAAGCAUAACUCCUUUAAGCCAACUAUUUUGCACUCUUCCGCUUAUUCUUCUUUGUUGUGUUUCUUUUGUGUUGUUCGCCAAGUGCCUGAAACAAAUCACUCGAAUAAAGUGAAGUUGAACAAACUACGUAGUCCUAUUAUCGAAACAAGUAGCAAACGAGUGAAUUAAUUAUUUAUUGCCAAUUUCCGUCACAAAAUUGCGCUGCGUUUGUGAAGAACGUACAAAUUUAAAUAAAUAGACAACAACAAUCGACCAAAAUACGAAAUACAACCCACCAAAAUGUCGAAACCCGUUCCAAUGCCGCAUUCCAAUACGAAUGAGGAUCUGCUGGCUCUUCGUAAACCCGAACCCUUUCGGCUCUCACAGUUCUUAUACAAUGCGGAAGAGGGCACAGUAAUGGGACGAGAUCGCACCUCAUGGGCUAAGAUCGGCAUCUUCUACAUUGUGUUCUAUGUCGUUCUCGCUGCCCUUGUCGCCAUUUGCAUGUGGGCCUUCUUCCAAACUUUGGAUCCACGCAUACCCAAAUGGACAUUGGAUCGCUCGAUCAUUGGCACAAAUCCAGGUCUCGGAUUCCGCCCCCUGCCGCCCGUUGAAAUGGUGGAGAGCACAUUGAUCUGGUACAAGGGCACUCAGCACGAGAACUAUAAGCAUUGGACGGAUUCACUGGAUGACUUCCUGGCCGUUUACAAAGUGCCCGGCUUAACACCCGGACGUGGUCAGAACAUCUACAACUGUGACUACAACCAGCCACCACCGAGGGGUCAGGUGUGCGAUGUGGACAUCAAGACGUGGGCACCCUGCACCAAGGAGAACAACUACAGCUACCACAAGAGCUCACCUUGCAUUUUUCUCAAGCUGAACAAGAUCUACGACUGGAUGCCAGAGUUCUACAACACAUCCACGGAUCUGCCCCACAAUAUGCCCGAGAAUCUCAAAACCUACAUUGCCGAAAUUGAAAAGACGGAGCCACACAAGCUGAACACCAUUUGGGUCUCCUGCGAGGGCGAAAAUCCAGCCGAUCAGGAGAAUGUUGGGUCGGUCAACUAUUUGCCCGUUCGCGGAUUCCCGGGCUAUUUCUAUCCCUACCAAAACUCCGAGGGUUAUUUGAGUCCACUUGUCGCAGUGCACUUUCAGCGCCCCAAGCGUGGCAUUAUCAUCAAUGUGGAGUGCAAAGCCUGGGCACGCAAUAUCAAACACGAUCGCAAGGACAGACUCGGCUCGGUGCAUUAUGAGCUGUUGAUUGAUUAAUGUUAAGGUCGUUGUGAGAGGGCUUUAAAUCAGCAAAAUACAAAUACAAUUUAAUGAAAAGCUAAAGUUAAAGAAAGUGAAAGCAUAGCGAGUAAAAGAUAUGCGUUUGUUUAAUGUAAGCAAGAACAACAACACCAAAAGAAAAACAAAAUCUAAAAAAAUAAUUAAAAAGAAAAACAAAUCAUACAUUAUACAUAAAAAUAAAAAACAAAACUUGAUAAGAAAAACCCACGAAACAAAUAUUAACAACAAACAUUUUUGGAUACAACUCAAUUUUUGAAUGUAGCUUCUUCUUAUACAAAUUAUGAUAAUACAAAAAAUAAAAAAGAAAACAAAAAAAUAAAUAGCAACAACAUAUAGUUACAAUUUAGUCUACCACCUAAGAAGAUUUCUAUAUGAAUUGUGAGCGAUUUUUGCAUUAUAACACUAUUUAAUACAUUUUUAUAAUAAUUAUUAACUAAUAUUAAUAAUAAUGCUGAAUUCGAUUGCUAAAUGCCGUUUUGUGAAAUGAAUGAAAUCUCGAAUAAAAUACCAGAUGUAAAAACCUAAUCUUUAAAGGCUAGCUAAGUACGAAUCUCAUUUAGUGCUGUUCAAAAACUACGAGACAAAUUUACAUGUUAUUAUUGCUUAUUUAAAAUUAAUCAUUAAACUGCCAUUUAAAUGCAAAACAUAAAUCUAAAAUGAAAAGCCAGCGAAAUUUUUUAGUAGCCCCAAUUAAAAAAAAAAAAUAAAUAAAUAAACACAUACAAAUUAGUUAAAUGUAUGUAUCUUUAACAACAACAAUUUAAAGUUAACGAUAACGACAAAACAAAAUGAGAUCCUUUUGACCAAAUGUAACAAAAACCACUUUGUACUUUGAACUAAAACUGCAAACUGACCAAUUUCGGAGCAACAAACAAACAUUUUUCUAUUACAAUUUUCGCAACUAGUUUUUCAAAUAAAACAAAUGAAACAAUCUUAUAUACAACAAUCUUCUAUAUACACGGCAUACUAAAUAAAAGGUUUGCAUAUUUUUACACAUAUAUGUAUACCAAUAUACAUAUAUAUAUAGUAUAUAGCUCUAGCCAGUCUAAAUGAAAUGUAUAACAAUCAAUCAGCAACAACAAAUUUGCAGCGUUUAGUUUUUAAGUUUAUUUAAAUGUUAACAAAAACAAAAAGAAAACGAACAAGCAACAAAAUACAAACAACAAAAAUACACAAACACUAGGAACAACAAAACUACAUAUUUGGCUAAAUCUGAAACCAUUUUCCAACUGUUCUCAAUAAAAAUGGGCGAUACAAAAUUAAAAACA